AGAUAAAGUCCGGCAGCUGUAUGAGCUGCGGAAGAUUACGACUAAGAAAGAAAGAACUAGAACUAUGUGUAAUCCGCGGAAAUUUGUUGGUAAUUUCGUGUCAGAUCAUGUACAGCUUACGUUCUAUCUUUAUAGAGUAGAAAUAGCAAGCUUCUCAAAAAGUAAACACACAACUUUUAAUAUUUCGCCUUAAAAUAAUUAAUCACUCAAACAAGUAAAGAAAUCUUAAAUACAAUUAGUAAAAAUGACCAGUGAAAGCAGCGAAGGCAAGAAGGUAACUUUGAAAAGUUGUGACGAUGUUGAAUUCAAAGUUGAAAUACCGGUAGCAAGUCGUUCCAUCUUACUUAAGAACAUGAUUGAAGACGUUGGCGAAACCGAUCAAUCCAUUCCGCUUCCUAACGUCAAUGAAAAAGUCCUAAAAAAGGUCCUGGAAUGGUGUCAACACCACGUAAACGACCCUCAACCCACCAAUGAUGACGAUGACUCUCGCAGAAGAAAUACUGAAAUUGAUGACUGGGACCAAAGGUUUUUAAAUGUUGAACAAGACAUGCUCUUCGAGAUUAUUUUGGCUGCUAAUUAUCUGGAUAUCAAGCCAUUAUUGGAUAUUGGUUGUAAAACUGUCGCCAACAUGAUCAAAGGCAAAUCUCCCGAGGAGAUUCGCAAUACGUUUAAUAUAGUCAAUGAUUUUACUCCCGAAGAGGAAGAGCAGAUUCGAAAGGAGAAUGAAUGGGCCGAAGACAGAUAAAUAUAAUGAACUAAAACUAUUCUUUAAUGUAGGUGAAAUGUGAAAUAAAAAGUUGAUUAGUCAAAAGCUUAUUUAUAUUGACCUCAUUGUAGUAUCUAGCCGCUUUGUAAAUUCGAACAGCUUAUAUAGUUAUGUUUAUUAACUGAAAAUAAGCCACAUAAAAUUCUAUUAUAUAUUUGUGUAAUAAAAUUACAUUUUAAUGAAAUAAA